AUGAAUGGGCAUGGGACCGAGGUUCAACCUGGACGCCCAUCUUCUCCGUCUGCCCCGUUCGGUUACUCUUUCCUCUCUCCCAUGGAUACCCCCUUUGAGCAAGCGCCUGCUCUUCCCCCAGGACCAUCUCUUCUUGACGAUAAUGAAUCCAACAUGCUCGAUAAUUUCUUUACUACCAUGAACGCCAAUCAUUUCUCGAAUGACUUCUGGAUGCGACAGGAACAUAAGGCCGGCGUUCCCAACUUUGAAUGGUCAGCUGAGCUGCCACCCAACUUUGAGGGUUCGACCACUUCUUUAUCACAACCAACAUUUCAGCAACAUGGACUAGGCAAAGUUGGAGGAGGGCUGAUGGCAGGAAACCCCGCAGGUUCGGAUAUUUUUGCCGCAGCAUCUAUGCUCUAUCAGAGUGAUCUCAGCGGAUCAGAAAUGGGGGCCACGUUGUCACAACAACCCUUUGGUGGCCAUUCUCUCCCCCACAAUGGGGCCCAGUCCCGGAAUCAUUCCCAUGCUGGAAUACCUGGUCAGGCUCCAGUCCCAUCUGGAUCUCGAUCCGACGUGCCGACUGGAUAUCACACAUCGCAGAUGUUCUUUGACGUCCGCGAUCCAAUUCCUGCGGACCAACAUCCAUCGCGGAAGGUCCGCAGUCUUCGAUGGGGGUCAGAUGCCAGUUUCAUGGACCAGGGCUAUCUCCGCCCACCUGAUCAGCCCGAUGAGGAGCAACGAACCAAUGAUCUACUCGAUCAUCUCGGAUGUUUUGAAACACAAAACAGCGCAAAUAACACGCGACCCCCUAGCCCUGAUCGGAUAGUUGGGAACCCUACUCGCCGAGCUUCCUUCCGAGGGGGCCCUGCACCAGAGGAGAUUAUUGCUCAACCGCGAAAACGAUCCAGAAUCGUGAAAGAGGAAGAAAGCUACUCCGACGAAGAAGAUGGUAGACCCCAAUCAAGAAGAUCAAGAGGAUCAGUUAGCAAAGCCCGACGUGUGUCCACAGAUUUGUCUCGAAAACCCCGGUUGCUGCCAGGUUCUAAGACUGCACGCGAGAAUCUCACCGAAGAGCAAAAGAGGACCAACCACAUUCUUUCUGAGCAAAAGCGCCGAAAUCUGAUCCGUCAAGGCUUUGAAGACUUGUGCAUCCUAGUCCCUGGACUCAGAGGUGGUGGGUUCAGCAAAAGUGCCAUGCUCACCGGGGCCGCCGAUUGGCUUGAGGACCUUCUUCGGGGCAAUGAGAUACUCCAAAGGCAACUGCAUGACCUGAAGAGUAUCAACGGCUUGGUCAUGCCGCGAUAA